AGCAGAAGUAGUUUUUAUUGUUCCCGAUUUCACCCCCACACGUGAAAGCCCAACGGGCACGAACCAUCAUUUUGUUUGGCCAUUCCAUUGCGAUUGUUGCAAUUGAAAGGUUCCCCCCUACAUUAUCGGUCUCUCUUGUAAGGUUUGAUUGCCUAAUUUAUUCCAAGUGGAAGAACUGCACGUAAAAAAGCUUUUCUUUUCUUUCUUUCCGGAAGUGAUGAUGUAAGACUGUUUACGUGUGUGUUGCCGUAACGCCCACACUCGUCUUGUUGUACCUGUUGGUGGCCAACCAGCGCCUCCCAAAGUCUGAAAAGAACUAAGAUUAGACUCUCUCGCUAUCUAAACAAAAUAUAUAUAUAUCGAUACCAAAAGUUUGAGAAGGAAAAAACGUUUGAAACAUAUCCAGACAGACUUGGUGUACACGCAGAGAGAGAAGCCCCUGUAACCGCCUUGUUAUUUAAUCCGGAUACACUAGGAGGUUGGAGAAAAAAAAAUCGAGAAAAAUGCCUCCUCCGCCACCUCCGCCGGGUCCUCCUCCACCACCCGGACCUCCUCCGCCGCCGUCAUUCGGCGCCAAAGGACCCAGCACGUCUAAAAUGGGCAAAUCGGGAGGCGUCGAUGAUCGCAACCAGCUGCUCAGUUCUAUUCGCCAGGGAGCGGCGCUCAAGAAAACGGUGACCAACGAUCGCAGUGCGCCCGCCAUCGAAGGGGGAGGCAGCAGCAGCAGUAACAACAACAAACCCAGCGGGCCGAAACCGUUUGCCGUGCCGGCCGUCAGCAAUGGGACAGCAGCGCCUCAACUGGGCGGACUUUUUGCUGGUGGAAUGCCGGUUUUGAAAGCGACAGGUAGAGGGCGACUGGGCCCAGUCAAUCAGAAUUCGUCCGGCGGCGGUGGUGGCGGCCAUCCAGGUGGUUUAAGCAGAACGCCUUCAACGGAAAUGCCUCCUUCCAACACGCCGUGGAAGCCCAAAACGCUUAAUGGAUCCACAUCCGGCUCAUCCAUCUCGUCCGCCUCGUCAGUCAACCGAGGACCUCCGCCACAGCCUCCGCCAGCCAGCAGGAAACCGUCGCUCGUAACGAGUGACUCGACGGAUAAUGUGUCGUACGCUCGGAAUCCGCCGAGCGUGCCCACUAAACCGCCGACUUUGAAUUUCGGCAAACCCAAUUUGGCACCGAAACCGCCUUCGAUGGAAUCGAAACCCACUAGUCCCGUUCCGCCUCCGGCUGGAAGCGGUCGAGCUGGGAGCGGGACAUCUGCUUCGAAUAAACGACCUUCGCCACCUCCCAAAUCGCCCAGCAUCGCCAGUAUGAGCAUGAAUUGGCCCGUCAAUCCGACGAGUCCACCUCCGCCGCCGCCGCCCAGUGCCAAACCGACGGUGGCACGGGCUCAGAGUCUUCGAUCCGUCAAACCAGGAGCUCCGGGAUCUUCGGAAGUCGAAGAGUCCAUCAUGGAGAGCCAAGAAAGGCGCAAUCAGAGUUCGCAGGACAUUUCAUCACCUCCGGUGGCCCCUCCGCCGCCACCCAACCGAUACGCCACCUUACCACGCAACGCCAUUCCGCCGGCAGGAAUCUCCGGAGCUCCUCGUGGCCCAUUACCGCCGGUGCCGCGAGCUCCAAUGGCCAACGGUGUUCAUUCCAGUCCGGCCAAAAUCCGGCCACCUUCAGUGCGUCCCCCACCGCCUCCGCAGCGGAUCAAUCCUCCUGCCUCAAUCCCUCCGCCGCCGCCUCUUAGUGCUCCUCCGCCACCUCCGCCGCAUCGAAUGAGCCCGGCACCUCCGCCACCUCCGUCGUCUUCCAUCAUGUCGAGCAGGUCGCCCGGCAUCUACAACAACAGCGGCCCGCCGACGCCGCCCACCCGUGGGUCUUCCAUGCAGCGGAGUAGCGGCUCGGUGACGUCGCUGUCGUCGAUGGUCGUCCCUCCGCCACCUCCGCCACCACCCAGCGUGGCCUACGCCUUCCAGCAAUCUUCUUCGGCCGAACCGGAAGACUUUGAGUCGCGAUUCGCCAGCCGCUUCCGCCCGCUGCACCACAUGCCGUCGCCGGAGCCCUUCACCAACUGCCAGAAGCUUUACCCAACGCUAGCCAACCAGAGUAUGAAACGCCAGCAAGCGCCGCAGCCGCCAACGAUGCAGCAGCCCAGCAAUUCCGGAUCGCGUUGGCCCAGCAGCAACGCAGCUCCUUGCUGAAAUUAUUUUUACGAAUAAUUACGUAACUCGUCGAGCUUUUUUUCCUGCAGAGAUGGAAGGAGAGAAAAGACAACUUUGGGUUCGUUUGGCGUGUUGCUUCAAUGACUGUGAUUGUCCUUGUGCCCAUUGAAAAGAUGUCAUCAAACAACACCUGUCGUCUGUCAUUUUUGUGUUACGUCCGUGUUCGUAAUUGCAGGGGAGGUGGAGGUUCCGAUCACUGGAAAUUCGCAAGAUGAAGGAGGAAAAAAAAUAAGUGCCACAUACAGCCAUAUUAAUAAUCGAUUAUUGGUCUAAUGAAACUUGAAACGAUCGUUAUAAAAAAAUGUUAUUUCUCUCUUUCCCCCCGUGUGCAUGAAACUGCUCUUUCUUUUGUCUUUUGUUUUAAAAUGAUGUUACGUCUAGCAAAUUCAAGAAAGAGUAGAAACGAAUAUAAAGGGGGGAGUCCAUAUGUUGUAAAUAAAUUUUUUUUGUCGGGUGCCCCGUUUAGUCAACACGCGAUUUAUUAUUAUUUUUUCUUUUCGUUUUUUUUUUUUUUAAAUCCACCCCUCAAUUUUCUGUAACCGUUUCAUCGCGGGAAACCUGAAGUGCGCUUAAAAUCAUUUAUUUCCCGUGUGUAACUACUAUUUACUAUUCUGUAUUUCCGAGUAUACUAUAUAUAUUUUUUUUUCUUUUU